AUGGAAGGACAUUGUUCAUUAGUAGAAGAGAACCCUCAGCAAAGCAGGCUUUCCAAAUCUAUACUGCUCAAGCUGUUAUUUCUCAUAAUAAUGUGGAAUGUUUACUCAAUGUGGAAUGUUUACUUAGACAGCUACAAUGUCGCAGAUACACCGAAGGUUGCAGUUCAGGGAUGUGAAUAUCGAUGUAAACUUAUUGACAAAGCAAAACACAAAAUCUACAAUCGUUCUGCUUCUGCUUAUAUAAUCCAUGCACCGAGUGUCAAACUUCAUGAAUUGCCAGCGCCAAGUUCACAGUAUCUGAAUGUAUUCUUCGCGUUCGAUUCGCCAGCUUUUAUGGCCGGAAAAAAUGUAGACAUCUCGGUUCCACAGUACACCUUCAACGCCACAAUGACGUAUAAUAAAAACUCGGAAUAUUUCUUCCCGUUUGGUAGUUUUGAGCGACGGUUACCAAGUGAUCCUGCAGAGGUCAUCAUUACUGAGAAACAGGUGCAUUUAUUAUUGCUCAAAACUCUUAAGAUGAAGUGUACAUCGUGA